CUGAGUGUAACACACAAGAUGUGAUCACUGUGAACCCCUGUAUUUUGUUGUCUUCAGUUUCUCUCACUUUCAGGAACAUUGUGUCUCUUUUAUUUCUUUCCUUUUUUUUUUGUUUUAAACAGGACAGCUGUACCACCUUUUUGCUACAAACCUUUAAAUAUUUGCAGAGUGACAAAGACGGAUCAAAGAGAGGCGUGGAAAAUCGAGAGGCGGAAAACAGGAGCAGAGGGAGAAAGAGAGAGAGAGAGAGAGAGAGAGAGAGAGGAGCAACAGAAGAUGGAGAGCAUUUUAUCGGAUCAGUCAGCAAGCGUGGAAGAACUGGUGGAAGCCUGCAUCAAAGCUUUCGAUGAUGAAGGAGUGCUAAAUGAUGCCUCUUUGGUGCGGAUGUUCCUCAUGAUGCAUCCCUGGUACAUUUCCUCCUCUGACUUUGCCAAGAAACUCCUUCUCAAGUCUCAGAAUUGCUCUGCCGGUUGCCGCUCUCAGAUUUGUCAUCUUGUCAAGUACUGGAUGAGCGAGUUCCCAGCUGAGUUUGACCUGAACCCAGAGCUGGCAGAGCAGAUCCGCUGUCUGAAAGAGUUGCUUGUGCAGAACGGUGAUGUGAGGCGAAGUCUACUCAUAGAUAUAGACAGUGUCCCAUCAUAUGAGUGGAAGCGGCAGGUGGCCUCGAGUAUACAGAAGAAGAGUAAAACCUCUCUGCUGUUUGACCAUUUGGACUCCUCGACCCUGGCCGAGCACCUGACCUACAUGGAGUACAAAUCCUUCUGCAAGAUCCUGUUCCAGGACUACCACAGCUUUGUGAUGCAGGGCUGCACUGUAGAUAACCCCAUCCUGGAGCGCUUCAUCACUCUUUUCAACAGAGUGUCACAGUGGAUCCAAAUGAUGGUGCUCAGUAAACCUACAGCCCAGCAGAGAGCCACUGUCAUUGGUGACUUCAUUAAAGUGGCCCAGAGGUUGCUGGAGCUGCAGAACUUUAACACUCUAAUGGCAGUGGUAGGGGGUCUGAGUAACAGUUCAAUGUCCAGACUAAAAGACACUCAGGCUCUGAUUAGUAGUGAUGCUCGAAAGGUAUUUGAGGGGCUUGGGGAGUUGAUCACAUCCAGUGCAAACUACAGUCGCUAUCGACAGCGCUUUUCAGAGUGCACCGGCUUUCGUUUUCCCAUCCUGGGUGUCCAUCUGAAAGACUUGAUCGCUGUUCAUGUGGCCCUUCCUGACUGGGCUGACCCAGAGAAAACCCGAGUCAACCUUACCAAGACACAGCAACUCUACACCAUCUUGCAGGAACUGGCACUGAUCCAGGCUACACCACCUGACCUUGAUGCUAACCCAGAUCUCCUCAACCUGCUUAUUGUGUCUCUGGACCAGUACCACACAGAGGAAGAAAUCUAUCAGCUUUCACUGCAGAGAGAACCACGCAGUCUGAAAUUAUCGGCAUCCAACGCAAAGCCACAAUCUCCUUUAAUAGAACAGUGGGCGUCUUCAGUCAAACCUAAGGCUGAUCCAGUGAUCAUCAACAAACACAUAGAGAAGAUGGUGGAGUCUGUAUUUAAAACCUUUGAUACGGACGGUGAUGGCUACAUCACUCAAGAGGAGUUUGAAAGCAUCAGGAGCAACUUUCCGUAUCUCAGCAAGUUUGAUGACCUUGAACACAACCACGGUGGCAGAAUUAGCCGAGAGGAGAUGAUUGAGUUUUUCGCCAAGGCCAACUCUAUGCUGAACUGUAAGAUGGGUUUUGUGCACACAUUCACUGCCAUGAACUGCUUCAAGCCUACAGUCUGUCAGCACUGCUCAGGCAUUAUGUGGGGAUUUUACAAGCAAAGAUAUAAAUGCAAAGUGUGUGGUGUUAGCUGUCAUAAAGACUGCUGUUCUCGUUUGGCUGUGGAGUGUCGAAAACGAACAAAAAGUGUCAGCUUUGACAGCAACGUUCCACGCAUUAGCCGCUCUUUCAGCUUGCCUCUUUCUACUAGACGAAACACCAAACCAGAAUGUGCAGACAUCAUCUCUCUCUGCUCAGUCAUCACAGAAGAGACUCAGGAGAAUCUAGACAAGGAAGUGUUUGAUGAUUAUCUUUGAGAAGGAACCGAUUGUGCCUGUAAAGCUUUAGAGUCCGUCAUAUAACUCAGUCUACGAUCUCCUCAACUCCCUAAAACUGUGUGUGUUUGAAGUUAUGACAUGGUCCACACUUCCCAUGGUGAAUAUUGCCACUCAUUUCCAACUCACUGGCCACUUUAAGAUCUUCAACUGUCCGGUUUCAGUGCUCAUUGUAUCCUCAGAUUCCAGUUCUUGGCUGAUGGGAGUGGAACCCGAUGCAGAAUUCUGUUGUUUCCUCAAGCUUUGGAUUAUGAGAUGCUUUUCUGCUCACCACGGCUGUACAGAGUGUCUAUUUAGAUUUACUUUCAGCAUGAACCAGUCUAUUCAUUCUUAUUUGACAAUAAGAGUAAAUCAGAACUGCUGCUCCCUGGAUUUUUAUUUUUUUUUUUUGAUGGUUUUUGCACCAUUCUCUGCAAACUUUCCAAACUAUUGUGCAUGAAAAUCCCAAAUUUUUGAAAUCUUUAAACACAUUGUUUUCCUAUUCUGAUAUUUAAUGUUAACUGUAUCUGCAUGAUUUUAUGCUUUGCACUGAUGCCACAUAACUGGCUAAUUGCAUGAAUGCAUGAAGGAAUAUGUGUACGUGUGUUUCUAUUAAAGUGGCCAUUGAGUGUGCAAACAAAUAAUAAUAAUAAUUUUCAAAAUGUUUGGAAAGUCUUUAUUUUUUACUAUAUUUGUAUGCUUUAUGAUUUGUAAGCUUAACAAAACAUCAGUCUCUAAUUGUUUUUUCAUUUUUUCCUUGAAACUAUAAUUCUGCUUUUUUUUCCCUUUCAUAUAAAAUUGUCACUAAACGAACUGACAAAGCAGCAUUUUAUUUCGUGAAAAUUUGUCCAUUUACAGCCACAAGGUCGCAUGAAUGACAUUUCCUCCACACACAAAGGCCCUCAGCUUGAUAUUUCUGUAUAAUCCUUUGUACUGACUGCCAGUAGGGGGCACUGUUGACACAGCUGGAUUUGUAUCUCCUCUGUGUCCCUGUACAUACAUUUGUGUGAUCAUGACAUAGAUGAACUGCUUCAAAUGUCUCAGUGAAGUUACACGUGAUAACAUGAAAGGUUUGUUUCUUUUCGCUGUAUUAAACAUGUCAUUUUUUUGCCUCA